CAUUUUCUGUCCAACCACACAGCCGUCUGAGGAAGGGAACCAACCAGGGCUUCACCGCAGGUUCUAGAUCUCGGCCUGGCCAGGCCCCUUUUUGGUUUUCCAUUUAAACAGGGCCAAUAUGCAAAGCGGGAGAAGUAGAGGGGGGCUCAGAUGGAUGGAGACAGCUCAACCACCGAUGCCUCACAGCUCGGUAUCACUGGAGAGUACAUGGCUUCCAGCCACUACGUCCUCCAGUCUCAAGACGAUGACGCUGAAGACAGUCUGAACGAUCAUGAUGACAGCGGCGUGAAGGAGAACUACAGAGAACAGGACAUCUACCUUCCCAUCGCCAAUGUGGCUCGUAUCAUGAAGAACGCUGUCCCACAGACAGGAAAGAUUGCCAAAGACGCCAAGGAGUGCGUGCAGGAGUGUGUGAGCGAGUUCAUCAGUUUCAUCACAUCAGAGGCCAGCGAGCGCUGCCACCAGGAGAAGAGGAAGACCAUCAACGGUGAAGACAUCCUCUUCGCCAUGUCCACGCUGGGCUUCGAUAUGUACGUGGAGCCGCUGAAGCUCUACCUGCAGAAGUUCCGAGAGGCGAUGAAGGGAGAGAAGGGCAUGACUGGAGUGACGGUGGAAGGCAGUUUGGGCGAGGAGCUAACAGACGACAGCUUCACAACUCAGCUUCCAGCCGGGAUCAUCACAGCGGACGGUCAGCAGUCCAACGUGAUGGUCUACACAACCUCAUAUCAACAGAUUCCCGGUGUACAGCAGAUCCACUUUUCAUGACGAGCCUGUUGCAGAACACUUGAUCAUUGACCUGCGCCGCAACCUUCGACUCCGCCCACAGGUUCUUUUGGCAAGUAGGAAGAAGGAAACAGGUUGAGGAGGGGAAAGGUUGAACCCUCAUGUACAGAACAAACUCACUCGCUGUCCAGUAGAACGUGUCGUUUCUAGAUGUGUGAAGUUUGGAGAGGAACCGUUUUUGUGAGUGUUAGUGAUUUUAUUUUUAAAUUUUGUUAAUAAAGAGGGCCAGGGUCUGCAAGGAGGGUGGUGGCGAUCUAGGGCCAACUGUGUGAAGAGGACCCUGGAAUUGUAGGAGUGCGCGGACAAGAGAAAUGAUGCUACCAGGUCCUGCAGCUCUUUUUUUGUAAUUUCACAUAAUGUAUGAUAAAAGUGAUGUAUGUCCUUUGAAUAAAAAUUCAA